AUGAAUCCAUUUCCUGGGAUCUUUCUAAGGCAAAAUAUUCUUCCAAACAGGUCCGAUGUAGUAUUCCAAGACCUAAUAGGUCGAGGUUUUUUCUCUAACGUGUAUAAAGGAACCUGGAGACACCGGAUUAUCGCUAUCAAGGUCCUCGAACAGACUACUUCCCGGGAUACAUUCCUUUCGGAGCUUAAUGUCUGGAAAUCUCUCAACCAUCCUAAUAUUCUACGACUGUAUGGUGCAAGUGACUCUCAUUCCGAAAGUAUCGGUCCUUGGUUCUUCAUCAGCCCGUAUAUGAGGAACGGGACCUUGUCGGAAUACUUGAAGCGAUUGGAAUGGGACGGGGGCAUGGAUAUGGGGACGUCUAUGGUUUCAGAGGUGUAUGGGGAUAGCUCUGUUCCGGACUUGUUAAGAUUUAUGGAGGAAAUCGCAAUCGCCAUGGAGUAUAUGCAUUCUGCAGAGGUUGUUCACGGAGAUCUCAAGGGAGCAAAUGUCCUGCUCGACAACGAUUUGCGAUGCGUAUUGGCCGAUUUUGGUCAUAGCAAACGCGAGUCGGAGAUUUCAUACAAAAAUGAUAAGCAUGCCCAUGGACUUCGUUGGCAAUCGCCGGAACUUAUGGCGGAGCGCUCACUAAUCUCAAAGGAGAACGAUGUGUAUGCGUUUGCUAUAACCUGUGUCGAAAUCGUUACUAUGGGAAGUCUUCCUUGGCCGAUGAUAGCAGACGACGUGGUCAAGAAGCGCGUCUUGGGUACGUAG